AUGCGAUCUGUUAAUCAAUAUUUGGAUUCCGGACUCAUCAGCCAUAUGUCUCGACCUCCACCGCAACCGAUUUUUGUGCAUCAUGGCUUCAUUGGAGGAGUGACAUCUUGCGCGGUUGUCGAAAUCGACGAUAGGACAGCUAUAGUGGUAGGCACUGGUGUUGGAAAAUGCGAAGUGUACGAUGCUGAAACGCAUAUGCUGUUGCGAACAGUUUAUGAUACAUAA